AUGCGAGCGUCGCUUCCACAGGCUGCCCUUCGUUCGGCUUCGAGCCGGCCCAUGGCUGCGCCAGCUCUGCACACUUCGUGUGGCGCCGCCCUCUCGAGUCAGCUCGCUACCGCUCCCACAUAUCUGGGCCAACGACGAGGCCUGUUCGGCUUCUCGCUCUUUGGAGGUAAGAAGAGCAAGAAGAACGAUCCCUUCGCCCUUCCUCCGCGCGCCGCCAAGAAACCCCUACUCGCCCAGGAUGAUCUCUUCCACCCUUUCUCCAAGUCGCCCAUCCCCUCGAUCCGCGCGCGCGGAGAGCGCAUCCGCUCGCUGGCACCCUGCCCCGUCAGCAUGUCCAAGUACAAGGUCAGACGUCUGGUCAACUUUGAGUGCCCCGACUGCGGGUGGCCCACGCACUAUAGCGAGAAGGAGUGGGCCGAAGACACCGAGCACGGCAAGUACGUUGCGCGUCUGCGCGAGGCCAACGAAGACGAGCACGACCUCCGCAGCGGCCGUGAGAUGUCCGAAUUCAAGCUGCCUGGCCCGCAAGGCUUCGAGGAGACCAUCAACAUGUCCAACUGGGACGUCUUCUUCUACACGCGCAACUUCAACUCAAUAGAGUCGGAUCGCAGCCGACGCCAUGUCAGCAAGCUCCUCACCUUCCCCACCACCAUGGGCGCCGUCAUCCACGAGAACAGCCCCUUCACCAAAAAGUCGCGCAGACUCACGCACGAGGGCCUUCGCAGCAUGAUCGCCCUGCGUCAGACCCUUCACCCCAAGGCAGGCGACAAGCCUUCCCUUGACAAGAUGCGAAUCUUUGUCGUCGGUGCACGAGCAGAGUCGACGCUGCCUCCGGCCGUGUGGGACCAGCUGACUUACAUGUUCCCCGGCGUCCCCUUCCACCUCUUCCUCAUCGGCCCCGAGGCGCACAUCCCCACCGACAAGCAGGUGCAGAUGCAGGAUCGCGCCGCUCCGGGAUCCGGAGGCAUCUCGAUGCACAAGGGCCGUGUACGAACUUCAAACUACGGCGUUCCUUCGCGCACCGUCGUUGUCUCUGAGGGUCUCACCGUCACCACCAUCCAGUCCAAGUACGAAGACGUGCACGCCCAGCUCGAGCCCUUUGACGCCUACACCGACGUCUUCUUUGCGUUCAGCCCUGGCUUUGGAUUCCCCUCGCAGAUCGCCGUCGAGGAGGCCGACCAGGCACGACAGGACGAACGUGACCACGAAGCGCACUUUGCGCGUGCCAAGAGCACCUACCAUGCUGCUGGCGCUGAGAGCGCCGAGUCCACCGAGGCAUCGGCGCAGAAGGCGGCCGAUGACGCCGUGGAGCUGGCCAAGGCGCAGAUCGCCGAACAGCAGCAGCAGACCGGCGCCUCGGGUGCAGUUCCCGAUGCUGCCGCUUCGCCGAGCCGAGCGGCGUACACGGUGGAUGCGACAUCGUCGCCCGAGGGCGGAGAUGUGCCUUCGGAAGAGCCUGCGCCUGUGCUAGCGUCUGCGGACGGACACACAUUCACGGCGCUGACUGCGGCACCAGUGGUGCAGGCUCAGCGCGAGUGGGCGCGUGCCAUCGGUCAGAUCCUCUCGACGCGCUGUGCGCUCAUCGCCACGGGCUUCUCGCCCGCUGAUGUGGAGCGCGACGUGCUGGCGUUUGAGAGCGUCGACGGCGUGCGCGGCGAGUUCGACUGGCUCGUCACGCCCGGUGAGAACCCGUUUGCGUCGCAGCAGUGGGCGGUGGCCGACUUUGACCCGCGCGUCGCCGUCAAGGCCAACUGGGGCAUCUGGGCCGUCCGAGGAAAGCGCUACGACAUCCAGGGCCCCACCGGCUACUGA